AUGUGGAUACUUUUAACCACAUCGAUCCCUCAAGUUUUGAUCAACUACACAAAUACCGAGGUAAAGACUAAUCGAUUCGUGACUAAUCAGUACCCGCAAAAUUCAAUUACAUUUCCCAAGUCAAUGUCUUCAAUCACCGGGACAACCAUAUACUACAUAAUUGGCCAUCCUGAUGAUGAAGUCAUGUUCUUUUCUCCCACCAUUUUGGAGUUGUCCAAGCCAAGGUAUAACAACACGGUUAAACUAUUAUGCUUCUCAAAGGGAGAUUCAGUUGACGAGUCAAUGGGGCCCAUUCGUGUGAAGGAGUUGUACAAGUCGGCAAGCAUAUUAGGAAUAGAUUCAAGUGACGUAACAGUGUUGGACUAUAAAGAUGGAAUGAAUGAGUCAUGGUCAAUCAAGGACAUCAACGAGUCUUUAAAACAAUACAUUGAUGUAAAGAGUAAGAACAAGCAGAUUGUGUUGGUUACAUUCGACGAAUGGGGAGUUUCCAACCAUCCAAACCACAUUGCAUUAUACCAUGGUGCAAAUUUAUUCCGCAAAAACACAAUCAAAAGCAACAUAAGGAUGUACAAGCUAAAAAGUUUGGGAUUUUGGGAGAAAUACAGUUUUACAUUUUUGACAAAUAUUGAAUUAUUUGUUGACUAUAUCUCUACUCUUAUUCAAAGGUUUGUGCCGGUCAAUAUUACCGUUAGCUUUUUCGAACCAAAGAAUAGCUCCACGUCGAUCAAAAUUUAUUCUGAUUUGAACAUGCUAGCUUGCAGUUAUGCAGCCAUGGGAUAUGGACAUUAUAGUCAGAUGGUGUGGUUUAGAUAUGGAUGGUUGAUUCUAAGUAGAUACCUCACGUAUAAUCAUUUGAUAGAAGUUGUAAAUUAA